AUGGCGCCAUCAUCGCUCGCGGCGCAGUUGGCGCAAAUCGCCGUCAACUCCAAGAGCACCCUCAACGUCAAGGCGCAGAAGGCCGCGCACGCCAAGUCCUUGAUUUUCGAGCCCAAAGUUGCUGCCGGCCAGAGUUUCCAGACCGUGUACGAUAUUUGCCAUGAGGGCUUCGAGGAACUAUGUCGCCUCGAUGCUCGGUUCCUUCCGUAUGAGCAGACACUGUUCAGCGAGCAAAGUCAAGACGAAGACCGCACGCAGAUGACCGCCGCCGAAAAUGCCGAACUGGACAAGACCGCACAGGCUUUCUUGCGCCUAGUCGCGGGGAGGCUGAGGCUCAUGCCGGCUAUCAAGGCCGUAGAGUGGCUUGUACGGAGAUUUAGGAUACACGAAUAUAGCACGUCCUCCCUCAUAACGACGUUCCUACCUUACCACUCUGCGCCACUCUUCGUCACGCUCAUGUCCAUCCUUCCCACAAAACUGCCAAACCAGUACAGAUUCCUCGACCCAUACGUGCGAUCUUUGACUGCACCUCCUAGGGCUAUUCUGGUCCAACAAGCAAUUCACCAUUUCGAGCUCUUGUCGGGAAUAUCAGAUGCAACAUUGGAAUCAUGCCGAGCGCAACAGCAUUACCCGGGCCUAAUCUCAUUCUGGGGUGGUUUAAUGACUGAGGCUAUCAAUGGCAUGCUGGAUCACAUGAAAUCGGGCAGGAGGGCCCUUCAGAAAGAUCAUGACCAAGACCUUCUCCAGAAGAUCCUACCCAUUCUCAGUGAGACUCUGAUGAUGAAAAAGGUCCCUGGCCUUCAAAUUGCGAGCUAUAUGGUCAUAUCCGUCUAUGCUUCGAAGGGCGGCCUAGAGGAUGCUGUGCUCCUGGAAUUUAUGCAUCAACUAGUCUUGGGUUGGUCGAGUGAGACUGUCAGGCCCGGAUUGGUCUGCCUGUCCAUUCUCGCCCAGUGCAGGUCCGCCAAGCAGCUCUCAUGGAGAGUGGCUAAGUCAUUAGUCAAAGUGCAAGACUUGGAGGUGUUACUGCAGGACCUACAGAAGGAGCACCGAGUUGACAAGCUGGCCAACGGUCUUGCGAUUGCUCUAGUCGAAAGGCUCACCAAGAAGGGCGAAGUUCGAGGGCUCCCGUUGAUCAAAACGAUCCUCUUAGCGCAAAUGCUAAGCGAGAAGCAAUCAUCGGUUAUCAUCCGAUCCUUGCUCGUGGCUGGACACAAGAUUUCCGACGAAGUUGAUGAAGACGGACAAGCCCGGAAACAGCUGGGACAAAUAAUUGUGGCUCUCUCCCAGGCUCCCGAUCAAGCCGGAGAACUAUUCCGCAAAGUCAUUGAGGAGGCUGAGUUCGAUAUUGAUGAGCUGGAGCUGAAACUCAAGGCGUCAAUCCGCCCAAAGAAGGCUGUCAAGUCGAAUGGAGAAGGCAACAAAGCCUUGACUGACGGUGCGGAAGCCGCUUUGGCUGAAGAACUGGAUUUGGACGCUGGCCUCAGCCGACUGUCGAAGCAUAAGAAGCCUCCAGCUCGCACCUGUCUGUCCAGCGACUCAGACCCCAUCUUUGAGGAGCUUUGCCAGAUUUUCAUAUCUGCUGCUUCAGAUAAGUCGGCCUUGCUGAAGCUGGAUGAGGCCCCCAUACUCGACAGCGAAUCUGCGCCCUCUGAUUGCUUCUACUUCUCUUUCUACAUGCGUAUGUGGCUUGGUCCAUAUCCGAUUCUGGCUCGAGCACGUGCGCUUGAGAUGGCCAAAAGUCGACUGCAACAGCCAGACUGCUCGAAAAUCGACUUCCAGGCACUCCAGCCCUACUGCAUCGCUGCUCUGGGAGACCCAGCAAAGAAGGUCCGCCGUGCUGCAGCUGAGUUGCUUGCCGUGCUGCAAACAAACAAUAGCGAUAGCGGAACCCGCAAGAAGAAUGAAACGCCAUGGGGUUCCCGAGCAUUGUACAAGACGGGACAAGAACCCAAGUGGAUGACACCCGAGGCCAGUCGGACCUUGCUUCAAGAGGUUGUUAUCCCCGCGCUGGAGGAAUCCAUCAUGCACGAAGAUCACAUCACCGCUGCCCUCAAGGAAGCUCUUGGAAGCUCAAGCAAGUCCUCAACGGAGAAAGAGGCGUCGAAAAAGGGACACAUCUCCUCAAGUGUUCGCGCUGCCAUUUUCAGCUUUCUAGCAUCGCAUGUAGUCGAGUCUCCCUUGUUGAACUUCGACCUCAGACUGCUCAAAGCCUUGAACCAGGUGCAAAAAGUCGGCAGCACCUCCAGAACUCAACUACUUUUGCCCUCUUUGCAGUGGUGGUCUGGACUCGGCCAUGAUGAGGCUCUCAACUUGCUCAACAAGGAAGGAUUAGAUGGAGACAAGGUCACCGCGAGCUUCGUUGAUGUCGUUGUGCCAAACGACUCUACCGGGCUUGACUGUCUCUUCGAUAUCGUGGAAGGCAAUCGAGCAGAGGAGCGUCCAGAUCUUGUGCGCUGCGUCUUCUCCAGAAUACGCAAGAUGUGGCCGUCAAUGAAAGACAGGAUCAAAAAGGAGGUUGCACAAAAGGCCCUAAACCUCUCGCAGCGGGAGGGCAUGGUCUCAGAAGAAGCACUCGAGCUACUUAGAAGCGUACCCUUAACUACGGAGAUUCUUCUAGACUUCCUCGGGUCUCUCCAAGAUGUCACACAACUUGCAGUGGAAGCGCCUACAAGCAAGCGGAGAAGAACGAGCUCAUCAGAACACCAUCGAUCGGCUGAUCCGCACAACUCCCCGGAGCUCGCCGCUGCGUUGAGUAAGGUUACUGUUGUUUUGCACCUGGUCGAGUCGUCGAAGCCGGGCGAGCAUCCCGAGCUGCUUCAGAGCUUGUUCAUGAUUUUGUCAGAGCUUCAGACAUUCAGGACCCUUAUAGGGUCCGAACUGGGUUACCUUCAGAACUUGGUGCUCAGUAGCUUGUUGGCCAUGAUGCCCACAUACCGCGAUGACAAGAACCUCAAGAUCGACACAUCAGUUGGUCACGGAGACGUGUUGGUGUCUUGCAUUCAAAAGUCUUCGAGCCCCGCUGUGCAGAACUCGGCCCUUCUUUUGGUUGCAAGUCUGGCCAAGACUGCCCCUGAUGUUGUCCUGCACAGCGUCAUGCCCAUAUUCACAUUCAUGGGAAGCUCUGUGCUCCGGCAAAGCGACGAUUACUCUGCGCAUGUUAUCAACCAGACCAUUCGAGAGGUGAUACCGCCAUUGAUUGAUACCUUCCGCAAGGGACGAAGACACCUCGUUGCUAGUGCAUCAGAGCUUUUGGCAAGCUUUGUCAUUGCUUAUGAGCACAUACCUUCUCACAGAAGACAAGGCCUUUUCAUUUCCCUGGUUGAAAAUCUCGGACCACAGGACUUCCUCUUCGCGCUGGUGGCCAUGUUUGUCGACAGAUAUGGAACGUCUGAUAACAUCCAGACGUUUACAGCCGACCUGAUGAACCACUUCAACGUGGAGACCCAACUGCAGACGUUGAUCAAAUUCCUUGAUCUCGUGGCCGACAUGUUCAAACCAAAGCCGAAUCUUUCCGCCGUUAUGUUUGGAAAGAAGGAGGGAGAUGAAGAGAUCAACAAGACGGCGUUGAAGCAACUUACUCUACUGCCUCAUCUUCUAGCCAGUCGAUCGCUUAAGCGGGAAGUAGGGAAGCUAGCCGAGCGGGACGACAUGGAAACUGCAAAGAUCCGCGAGCUCUACGCACAACUUCUAGAAGACGUUCUCACGGUGGCUGACACCGUCAAGACCAGAAAGGCACUGCACAUCCGUUGCGGCGACGCACUGUCCAACUUACUGAACCUCCUCUCGGUAGGCGAGUUCAUCAAGUCGGUUGAAACCCUACUUGAUCGGCCGAACGUUGGUCUCCGGCAGAAGGUCCUACGCGCACUUGAGACACGCGUGGAUAAGGAGAAACAGGGUGAUGCGCAGUCAAGAACAGCUCUCCUAGCGUUCUUGCCUCAGCUGACCGCUGUCAUUCGCGACUCAGACGACAUCCAUUACAAGCAUACCGCUGUCAAUUGUGUCGACAAGAUUUCAGAGAAAUAUGGCAAGAAGGAUUUGGAGGCUGUUGCAGCGGCCGCCUCGACUAUCGCGGGCAAGCAAUGCCUUGGUCAAGACGACAGGCGUCUCCGUAUCAUGGCUCUACUUUGUCUUGCGUCACUUGUCGAUGUGCUACAGGAUGGCAUUGUCCCGAUCCUGCCCACAGCCAUUCCGAAGACGUUGGAGUACCUGUCCAUCUCAAUUGACGGCGUGGACUCUGACACAGAGCUUCACGACGCUUGCUAUGCUCUCAUGACAGCACUGGCUCAAUAUUUGCCGUACAUGGUAUCUGGGGCCUAUCUGGAUCAACUCUUGAUUGUGUCGAAUAAGUCUGCAGAGUCGACUGUCGAUGACGACGUACACGACAACAGGAAACAAUGUCUGCACUUCCUUGCGAAGCAGCUAGAUGCCAAGGUGCUUUUCAACGCAUUGCAGAAGAACUGGUCGUCCGCAAUGGACGCCGGCUACUCGGUAGGACAAGACACUCGGUCUCAAAGAUCAACGGCUAACGGUUUACAGGCCAUGAAUGAAUUUGUCGAAAUCCUCGGUUUCGGUAUUGACAAGCAUUCAAAAGCGGAAGUCGCCAAGAACGUGUCAUCCUUAUCCGCCAUCUUCCUGGCCACCUUUGAUCUUCGCCGCCUUGAACAAGUCAAGUCGCGAACAAACGCAAGCCAGUUGGAAGGCCUAGAAGAAUCAAUCAACGAUGUGGCCUUGAAGAUGAUAUACAAGCUGAACGAUGCGGCCUUCAGACCAAUCUUCACUCAGCUUAUUGAGUGGUCCAGCUCUGGGCUUCCUAAGUCGGACAUACUCGGCAUCACACUUCGGCAACAGAGCGUCUACGGAUUUCUCUACAAGUUCUUUGAUAGUCUCAAGUCGAUCGUCACAAGCUAUAGCUCCUAUGUCGUCGACCAGGCUGCCAAGAUCCUGCAAGAAACCGACAUAAAGGACGCCGCGCAGCGCGAGCUCUGGAGACGUGUUCUCAGGACUCUCACCAAGUCCUUCGAGCACGACCAAGACGACUUUUGGCAGGCACCUUCACACUUCAGCGCCAUAGGGCCUGUUCUAGUUCAGCAGUUCCGCCACGCGUCACACGUAGAUCUCGGUGAGGAUCUGUCCCCGGCCGUGGUGGAGCUCGCGAGCGCGGCCGACUCCCAAGAACACCAAAAGGAGCUCAACGCAACGCUGCUCAAGCAUCUGCGGAACGAGACGCCAGCUGUGCGAUUGGCCGUUGUAAAAUGCGAGCAGGAGCUUGUGGACAAGGUGGGAGAGGAGUGGCUGUCCAUGUUACCUGAGAUGUUACCGUACAUCAGUGAGCUUCAGGACGACGACGACGAGGUGGUCGAUAGGGAAACACAUAAGUGGAUCGUCAAGAUAGAAGGGGUUUUGGGUGAAAGUUUGGAUUCAAUGCUGCAGUAG